AUGGAGUCGAGCAUUUUAGAUUUAAUCGGUGUAGAAAUUAUUGGCGUCAUGUCCCCGGUGUCAAUCUGCAUGCUCCUUGUUGUUCUCAUCGUCUACUCUCUCUCCCCUUCUAACCCUUUCUCUGCGGCCCCCGCUCCGCCGAUCCGCACCGCUGCUAACCUCGUCUACCUUGAGAGCCCCUCCGACUCAACAGCCGAGAAAUUUGAGGGCGCUCUUUUAAACGCGCUCGUGUUUGUUAUUGUCAUUGCUGUGGUUACUUUUUUUCUUGUUCUCUUGUAUUAUUACAACUGUACUGGAUUCUUGAAGAAUUACAUGCGGUUCUCGGCUUUUUUCGUCUUAGGUACAAUGGGGGGCUCGAUUUUUCUAUCAAUGAUUCAGCAUUUCUCAAUACCUGUUGAUUCAAUUACCUGUUUUAUUCUGUUGUUUAAUUUUACAAUUGUUGGUGUAAUGUCGUUAUUUUCAAGUGGGGUACCAAUUUUUGUGAGGCAAGGGUAUAUGGUGGCCUUGGGGAUAUUUGUGGCAGCUUGGUUUACUAAGUUACCAGAGUGGACUACUUGGGCUUUGCUGGUAGCUUUGGCACUAUAUGAUUUGGUGGCAGUUCUGGCACCUGGUGGGCCCCUUAAGAUGUUGGUGGAGUUGGCUCAGAGCCGAGAUGAGGAACUUCCAGCGUUGGUUUAUGAGGCUCGUCCAACAGUUUCACAAAAUGGGAUUGCUCAGGGUCGGAGUUUGGACCUUUUGGUUGGUGGGGUUUCAGAAUCUGGGUCAGUGGAGAUGCAAACAGUGUCAAGUAACAACUUGGAUCGGAAUGAGAGUCAAAAUCGUGUGAAUUCUGGCUAUAAUGUUAUCCAGGAUACGAAUUUUGGAAACAUGGAAGGUGUACAGAGGAGAGAUGAGGUGGAGAGGUCCCAAUUGGUGGGUUUUUUGGAGGAGAGGCGCUCAUCGGGCAGCAGCUCAUCAGAGUAUUCAACUGUGGUUGGAAAUCGUGACUCUGAGAUAGUUGCUGAUGAGGAAAGGUCUCCGCUUGUCGAUGCACCAGAAAUGAGGAAUGGGAGGGAACAGAUGAGAGAUGGCCAGGAGAAUUCUGAGGUUUCUAGUAGAGGUAUUAAACUUGGUCUUGGAGAUUUUGUGUUUUACAGCGUUCUUGUGGGCAGGGCUGCAAUGUAUGAUCUAAUGACAGUAUAUGCAUGUUACCUUGCAAUUAUUUCUGGACUUGGCUGUACUCUUAUUUUGUUGUCGGUAAGGCGCCAGGCUCUGCCAGCUCUCCCUAUUUCAAUAGCUUUGGGUGUCAUCUUUUACUUCUUGACUCGGUUAUUGAUGGAACCUUAUGUUGUUGGGACAGCAACAAAUCUGAUGAUGUUCUAA